GAAAGCACAAGAAUGGAUAGAUGAUCCAGCAGGGCUCAAGGCUUACUGUGGGAAGGCCGAGGAGAGACUAAAAAAAAUGAAACUUCCUGUUACAUCUGUUUUGUGCCUGUCCCUGCUCUUAGUUGGCCUUCAUGUCUCAAUGGCAGGCAAAAGCAAACUUUCAAAAAUCCUAAAAAAAGUUGGUAUUAAAGAUAAAACAGGUAGCAAAUCUCAGUAUCCCAAGCAACCAGGAAGUUAUCCCAAACCUGAUGGCUAUCCUCAGUAUCCCAACCAACCAGGAAGUUAUCCCAAACCUGAUGGCUAUCCUCAGUAUCCCAACCAACCAGGAAGUUAUCCCAAACCUGAUGGCUAUCCUCAGUAUCCCAACCAACCAGGAAGUUAUCCUCACUAUGGAAGAUACCCUCAGCAGCCACUGUACCCUGCACCAGGUAAUGUAGCACCAGGCUACGCAUACGGAGCAGGUUAUGGAAAUUAUCCAGUUAAUUACAUCAACCAUAACCCAAACAACAAAAUCCUGAGCCCUCACUAUGGAGGCAGCUUUGGGUACGGUGGUGGAUAUGGAGGUGGAGGUGGUUCUCCCUUCUCUCACUCAGUUCAGAAAAUGGGAUUUGCUCCGUCGGAUAAGUCUAAAGGGUUUGGUCGCAGCGCAGCAAUGGCAGCAGCAGGAGGGGGGUUGGUAGGAAUGGCAAUUGGCUACGGACUAGGGAGGUUCCCCCGUCCCCAUUUCCAAUUCCACAGCCCCCAGGAGGAGUAUUACUUCAACUACUACAUGUACCAGAGAUAUGGUACAAAAUCCACUGACCGGAACGACUACAGCAGGGACUACCAGUUUAGUCAACCACCUGAGACCUUUGAGAAAUACAUGACCUCCUGCAUGAAGAGAUCAGACCUCCUCCCAGCAAAGAAACAGAGGUCAGAACCCCGAACACCAUCCGCCACGACUAAAACCCCUACUACCUCUGCAAUUACCACAACUACUACCACUACGAGCAACAUAAAUAACAUCACUGCAGCAGGAAACCUCUCAGCCUCCUCAAAUUCCACCAACAUCCCUCUCAAUAACUCUGAGGCGUCUGCGUCGGCUCUGAAGGCUUCACAGAUUGUCCACAACAAUCAGGCAGAGGAUGAUGAUGACACAGUCAGCAUUGUGGACAUCGGUUACCCAGCUCUGAUUGAGCAGAUGAAGGUGAGGAGAUGUACUGAGCUCUACAUCGUUUCCUUUAACCACUUGAAGAAAAAGACACAGCAUUCACCUAGUAGUGGGGUACUAAAGCUACAGAUGGGAUGGCAAGGGAUUAUUUUUGCUCUUAUAAGCACAAUUUGGAUGCUAAUGAACUGAAAGACGUUGCCUCACACUCACCCUCAAUUGCUAGAAAGGGAAGUAAAAAUAUGGAUAAUCAAAGUUUGCAAAGAAUAAUGCUUUGGAUUGGAUGAUUAGCUUCACAUUGUUUACAUUUGUGUGUGAUUUUGAAUAAAAAAGUAUAUUUUAUGAUAGGGAGCAGUAGGUGGCACUAUGGCCCUGGAGCAAGAAAGCCAUGAGUUCAAAUCCCUGUUAGUGUUUUUUCUGCUUAGAUUGCUGACCUUUCUAAGGUGAACUUCCGCCUCUCAGCCAUAGACUACUGGAGAUAGACACCUGCUCUUCCAUGACCCUGUUCAGAGGAAACGGGUAAAAUGGACAGGUAGAACUUAUGUGAAUAAAAAUAGAAGCUGUACACUGAAAAAAAAAUAAUGCAACCUUUUUUGGCAUCUACUUAAUCCUAUCUAGUUCCUGUAACACAUUUGUUUUAUUUCCUACCCUGCUAACAUGAAAAAAUUAUGUUAAAGUAACUAAAUAUGAUUGAAAGUAUAGAGGACGAUCUUUUAUUUCCGGGUGGAUCUUCUAAAUAAGUGGUCCUCCUAAUUGUCAGUCAUUCUGGUGAUAUGUUUAUGUAAGGACGUCCUUUGUGCUUGCCCCGUCAGCUAUCUUUUUCUGCCCAUGUGCACUUUCAGGCGUAUAUCUGUGGUGCGGUAGUGUAUAUCUAGAGAAUCCAGAAAAUCCAUCUUGAAUAUAAUGUUUUGGUUGUUUGGUAGUUCAGACCCAUUUAACAUGGAUGCACAUCUUUCAAACAGUGUGGGAACUUAUGACCUAAAGUAAAUGAAGGAAAGUAGGCAACAGGCUACAGGCCUGAACACAUCGGUUGCUUUCGACUUUUUAAUCGCUGAUCUGAUUUUUUUCCAAGCCAAACUGACUACGUAUUGAGAGGCAGGG